CCGGUCAUUCACAACUCUCAUAACACGGUCGUGUCAGUAUAAAGGCUCCUUCAACACUGUGGCCGGUCUCAGUCAGCAUGCAGCGUGCAGUGAUCCUCCCCGUGCUCGCGAUCUUGUUCGCAGUGGCCGCGCAGGCCACACCACGAUGCAAGAACUGUGUGCUCCGCGGCAAAGACGAGCGCGCCAUGUUCCGCGCUCACUCGGACCAGUGCCUCGCCUCCUCUGGCGCCACCGCUACUGAAGUAGACUCGCUGCUCUCUGGAGCCCUGGUGGACACGCCGGCGCUCCGCAGGCACGUCUACUGCAUCCUGCUGCGCUGCAAGGCGAUAGGGAAGGACGGCAAGUUGCAGAAAGCGGCGGUGCUAGGGAAACUGGCCAGGAUCGAUGAUAAGAAUGCCACCAAGGUUUUGGAAAACUGUUUUGAACAAACUGGUGAAACCCCUGAAGAUCUCGCAUGGAACUUGUUCAAAUGCGGGUACGACAAAAAGUCGGUAAUAUUCGAAUACAUGCCCAACGCCAGCCCAUCUAGCGGAGAAAACUAGAACCACUAGUUCUUCUGCUCGCCGUUUGUCGCUCUCCUCCAGUGAAGCAAAAUAAAUUCAUAGAUGGCGCUGCUUGUUUCAUACAAUAUUUUAUAAAUUCGUAGUCUUUUGUUUUUGUCACGUAGUUAGUUAAAUUCGGAAAAUUACAAGUCAAUGAUAAAUUA